AUGGCCACUGUUCUUUAUGUUAUCGUUUUGUUAUUUAUGUUAUGUUGUGUUAUUUAUGAAGUAAAGCUUUCUACAAAAUGUAUGUUGCAAUCACGCCUCUCAGUACAGCUCGCACACUCACUCGGCGUCUGCGCUGUCUGCGUCUCGCGCCGCUAUGCACUCUAUCCUCCCCGAGGAGUUGACUGGUCUGCGUCUCCAUCGCCUGUCACGUCGCGUCCGCGCACACUCACCGAUUCCUCUGCGCCUCUCAGUACAGCGCGCACACUCACUCGGCGUCUGUCCUGUCUGCAUCUCGCCCCGCUAUGCACCUGCGAAUGUUCAAUCAUAUCUCAUUUAUUCUUGACCAGCCUGAAUGUCCGGCUAAAGCGGGACUUCAGGCAUAUUGUCGUGCUCGCUUCGUUCGCCUUCACCGAUCAGUAA